GGAAUCGAUUUGCGUCCGAAAUCCAAUCCAACACCCGUCUACAGGAAAAUCCGCAGCAGAAAAAUAUCAAGAAAUCGAACGAAAAAACAACGAAAAAUCCAAUCUUUAUCCACUUCACCAACAGACAAUCCAAAAGUUCCAGCUGAUCAUCACUGCCGAGGGUUUCGGGUCGAGCCUCGAUGCUGUGGACUUGUGGAGCCCACGGGCCCCUGGUUAAGAUCUCGUCGUCGGCGUUCUCCCCCGGCGAUCGCCGCCGGCUCUUGAAAUGGUGGAAUCGGGGGGUUCCGAUGAGGUCGGUCGCCGUCGGAGCUCGGCUCUCGAGUUUCUUGUCUUCUCCAAUCGGUUUGGAUUCUCAGUCCUUCCACACCAAUGAUUUGUCACAACUGCUGUGGGUUGGUCCUGUCCCUGGUGACAUUGCAGAAGUUGAAGCAUAUUGUAGAAUCUUUAGAGCUUCGGAGCAACUCCAUACAGUCCUAAUGGAAACUCUCUGCAAUCCAGAGACAGGAGAAUGUGCUGUUUCCUAUGAUACAACCUCAGAGGAUAUGACGCUAUUGGAAGACAAGGUAGUUGCAGUUAUAGGCUGUAUGGUAGCAUUACUGAACAGAGGCAGAGAAGAUGUCCUUUCUGGAAGAUCGUCUUUUGCCAACUCAUUUCAGAUUGCAGAUGUAAAUUUAGUAGAUGGGAAACUCCCGCCACUUGCUAUUUUCAGAAAUGAAAUGAAAAGAUGUUGUGAGAGUUUGCAAGUUGCACUCUCAAGCUAUUUGCCACCAUUUGAAGACCGGAGCAUUAGUAUCUGGAGGCGAUUGCAGAGGCUGAAGAAUGUUUGCUAUGAUGCUGGCUUUUCACGUGGAGAUGCAUAUCCCUGUCCCACACUUUUUGCAAACUGGGGCCCUGUAUACUUCUCCUCCAAAAAACAAGAAACCGCGUUGGGAGAUCAUGAGGUAGCAUUUUGGAGGGGAGGGCAAGUAACAGAUGAAGGUUUGAAUUGGUUAAUAGAGAAGGGUUUUAAGACUAUCGUAGAUAUUAGAGAGGACGCUGUCAAAGAUGAAUACUACGGGCAUGCUGUUGAGCAAGCUGUUUCAUGUGGAAAGAUUGUGGUUUUGAACCUUCCAGUUGAAAUUGGAGUUGCUCCCUCAAGGGAGCAGGUUGAAAAAUUUGCUUCAUUGGUAUCAGAUCCCAACAGAAGGCCACUUUAUCUUCAGGGUCAGGAAGGAGUUAAUAGGCCUUCUGCUAUGGUUUCAAGAUGGAGGCAAUUCAUUACACGCUCUUCAAUGAGAUCCAUUUCAAAUGGUCCUCUUAGUUCUGAUGGAAAGCCAUCAAAUACAGGUAAGAGUGCAGAGCAGCCAAGUCUGCAUAAUCUUCUCUCUUUAGAACCAAAAGGAGGGAUUCUUCUUGAUGAAGAAGUUGAGUCAACUUCUAAGUUGGAUUCAACUAAUGAUCUCAGUAUAACAUGCAAGCAACAGGAAAGUUCUGUUGAAAAUGGCCACUAUAAUGGGAAGGUGGCCCAUGAACUUGCUGUAGAUUCCACAUCAAGCCACGGAGCUGCUGGUAGUCUGGUGGAAUCUCUUGCAAACAUCUCUUUGGAAAGUAACCCGCUUAAGGCACAGCUUCCAACAUGUGAUUUUUUCUCCAGAAAGGAAAUGAGAAUCUUUUUCAAAAGCAAAACAAUCUCACCUAAAUCAUACGUUAGACCUCUCCAGAAGAAGUUUGAAAUGCUGCCUAAUUCAUGCAGUACUCAGAGCUUGCCUGUUCAGAAUAAUGAAACCGUGGAUCCUCAGCUGUCUGAGAGGAUACUACAAGAAAAUUCAAAUGGAAUAUCUAGUGGUAGGCAGGUCAUUUCGAAAACAGAUGCUGCUAAUGUGAGCAAUGGGAAACAUCUAGACAGGAGGAGCUCUGCAGCUUUUGGAGCGAGUGUGAAUGGUUUUCAUCAAAUGAAAAGUUGCACUAUCACAAUUGAACCAAGCGAACAAGCUUUAUCAAGCUCAAUAGCCAAAAACGAAAGGACUAAUGAUAAAUUUUCUACUGGUUCUGUAAAAGAUUUGGAUGUUGUGGAGGGAGAUAUGUGCGCUUCUGCAACUGGAGUAGUCAGAGUUCAAUCGAGAAAGAAAGCAGAGAUGUUUUUAGUGCGUACAGAUGGAUUCUCUUGUACCAGGGAAAAGGUAACAGAAUCCUCUUUGGCUUUCACCCAUCCAAGCACCCAGCAGCAGAUGCUAAUGUGGAAAUCUCCUCCAAAGACUGUAUUAUUGCUGAAAAAGCUAGGGGAAGAGCUCAUGGAAGAAGCUAAAGAGGUUGCAACUUUCCUGCAUUAUCAAGAAAAUAUGAAUGUACUUGUAGAACCUGAUGUACAUGAUAUACUUGCAAGAAUUCCGGGUUUUGGCUUUGUCCAAACUUUUUAUAGUCAAGAUACCAGUGAUCUUCAUGAGAGAGUUGACCUUGUGACGUGUUUGGGAGGUGAUGGUGUAAUUCUACAUGCAUCUAACUUGUUCAGAGGUGCAGUCCCUCCUGUAGUCUCCUUCAAUCUUGGAUCUCUUGGUUUUCUCACAUCACAUACCUUUGAGGAAUAUAAGCGAGAUUUGAGAGCCGUGAUCCAUGGUAACAACACGGUAGAUGGAGUUUACAUCACUCUCAGAAUGCGUUUACGUUGUGAAGUUUUCCGAAAUGGAAGACCAAUGCCUGGGAAAGUGUUUGAUGUGCUGAAUGAAAUUGUUGUAGAUCGUGGUUCUAAUCCAUACCUUUCCAAAAUUGAAUGCUAUGAACACGACCGCCUUAUAACCAAGGUUCAAGGCGAUGGAGUUAUAGUAGCCACUCCUACUGGAAGUACAGCAUAUUCAACAGCUGCAGGUGGCUCAAUGGUGCAUCCAAAUGUCCCAUGCAUGUUGUUUACACCAAUAUGCCCGCAUUCACUAUCAUUUAGACCUGUUAUACUUCCUGAUUCUGCUCGGCUUGAGUUAAAGAUUCCCAGCGAUACAAGGAACAAUGCAUGGGUGUCAUUUGAUGGAAAAAGAAGGCAACAACUCUCCAGAGGCGACUCUGUUCGCAUAUCAAUGAGUCAGCAUCCUCUCCCUACUGUUAAUAAAUGCGAUCAAACAGGAGAUUGGUUCCGAAGUCUGAUUAGAUGCCUGAAUUGGAACGAGAGGCUUGAUCAGAAGGCCUUAUGAGGUAUCAGAAAGUCGACUUGAAACCACCACCACCAAUGGGACCUAAAUCUAUCAAGGACAAGACAUCUCCAGGCAUGAAAGCAGCAUAUCAUCUACCCACAAGCCAGCUAGUUAUAUUUGUACCUCUCAGAGGAACCAAACACCGAACCUGCGAAAAUUUUGACAUUUGGUUCACGCGAACCGCUAGGCUCAAAUGUGUGUCAUCAAGAUAGGGAUGUGAAUGUUUUCUUUUCCUAAGUAUUUGGUCUGCGAUAAGUAUUGAAAGUUCGAUGUCCUUCUCUGGAUUCCUUUUCAAUUAUAACUGCCAAAUUUUCCUUGAGAAAAAAGAUGCGCAA